GGCUAAAGAUGCCUUGCAUGUCUUUCUUCAUCGUGCUUAUCUGCACUUUGUUUUUCUUUAACUUUACAAUGUCAAAGUCAAAGUUCCGCAAACUCGAGAGUAUGCUGAAUCUUUUGCAAUCCAGGUUAACCAUGCUGGAAAAUAAAGUGUUUAAAGAUGAACUUGAUUUCCGUGAUGAUUUAGAUAUGAUUUUGAAACAAUUAACCAACUCUAAAGAUAAAAGUCAAGAUGAAACUGGUAUAUUUUCUGACACUGGAUUUACAUCAACGAAUGACGAUGAACUUUUACGAGUGCUAGAAAAAGCUCGAACAUUUCAAGGUGGAUUCGAAAAAGAAAAAGAAUACAUUAGAAACCAGUUGAAGCUGUUUGAAGCUGCAUUAGAUGACAUGAAACGUCAGCAAGAAAGGGCGAUCGCAGAGUUUGUAGAGAAGUCAGAUAAGAGACUAGUUGGCAUGGAAAACCAAGUUCUCGCGGGAAAAAAAGAUAUGAUUCAAAAUGUUGAAAAUAUAAAAAAUGAAACAUUAUUUAUGAAACUAAGUAUGUACGACGAUAUUGAAAUUUUGAGUACUUCACAGGCAGCAAUGAAACACGAAAUAGAUGAACUGAAAGAGGACAAUGCUAGAAAUAAAAUGGUUCAAGCUAAACUGCGUCAGAUCUCGAGGUCUAAAGAUGGCAACACAAAACCUCGGGACUGCGAUGAAGUCCAAAACCUCGGGUACACAAGAACAGGCGUUUAUACUAUUUACCCAAAACCUGGUGUUAAAGGCUUUCAAGUUAGGUGUGACAUGGACACAACGACCGGGGGAUGGACUGUCAUACAACGCAGAGUGUCGGCGAGUAAUUUCUUCAGAACUUGGGAUGAAUACAAAUCUGGCUUUGGAAACGUGAACAAUAACUACUGGCUCGGAAACCAAGCAAUACACAUGAUAUCUUCUCAAGGUAAAUACAAAGUGCGUUUUGACUUGACCAGUAUGGGAAAUGAGAAGGCAUAUGCAGAGUAUGAGUCGUUUUUGGUCGGAGAUGCACAGUCCAAUUACAAGCUAUCGUUUGGUAGAUACUCUGGGAAUGCUGGAGACAGUUUAAGAAGGCACAAUAACAAAAUGUUUUCAACAAAAGAUAGGAAUAACGACGUAGACGGAAGCCAAAACUGUGCUCGGGACUUCAUCGGUGCUUGGUGGUAUACACACUGUCAUGACGUUAAUCUUAACGGGGAUUACGGCAAUACAGGAUACGCAAAAGGUCCUGUCUGGCAACAUUGGAAAGGUGACUAUUCUCCUCUUAAGGCAACAGAAAUGAAAAUAAGGCCGAUGUAACGGAAUGCUAUUGACGACUGAAGUGAACGAUCUUAGUCAAAUAUAACAUUUGUAAAAAGAGGAAACAAUUUGACCUUUGUCAGCUUUAUCAAAUGUCAUUUUAUUAAUAAUAUGUAAAGGAUCAUUAUAUUAAAUGAUAUUUUGUGAUUGACGUAGCAGGAUAUAUUGUUUUAUUUUUGUUUGUAUUCUAAAAGAUAUGUGUAGGGUAAAACUGGUUCGUUCCAGGCAAAAUACAUUGGCAGUAAACACGUUGCAAUUAUUUUCUUUAACGGUAGUGUCUAAUAGACAUUAUAGUUUUCAAACUGAAUUUGCUUGAAUUCCUACGUAACUAUAUUUAUUUCUUGUAAGUUAAGUCACAACUGAGUUUAAAUCUUACUAAAUAUUGCAAGCAUCGCUUAAUCUUAUAAUUUACAUGUAAGUUUUAUGUGUGAUUUCAUCAAAUAAUUUCAACUGCAACAGAGAAAUGCGAAAAGCCUUUGAAGAUAUAUCCUAAAACUUUUUUUCUUAGGUGCUAUUUAACUCUUUUAAAGUAAAUAAUUCAUUAAUUUUAUCUAAUCAAAGUAAAAUGUAAUAUAUUAAAAAAACAAAAAGUUUUAUAAGAAAUAUAAAACCAUUUCACACAUACUCCUUUGUUAUAAUUAAAGGAUACAUUACACUAUACAUGUUCAUGUAAUUUCCAAAUUGCCGUCUUGUAUUUCGUUUUCGAUGAGACGUUCAACUUCGGAAUAUCUUACGGAAAUUAACCUUCAUUUGGAACUAUUAAAAUUCUGUAUUUUGUUUUCAAAUUAUUGAGCAUCGCACUUUUUAAAUCAAGCUGCGUUUCACCAAGCUAGUGGGCUGUUGAUGUCAUUUUUUUUUUUUAAAUCUCAAUUAUGAUUUUUUUUCUCCUAGACGCACAAAUUUUGUCACUUUAUAAUUUGUGCUUGAUCAUCAACUUAUUAUAAAAAGACUGUAAUGUGUAUUUUCUAUCUAUCAUGGCCAACAUUCUAAUACAUUGACCAGUAGUUUCGGCAAAGUAGUCUCCCUUGAAUAUACACGAGUCGCGAACCCGAUAACGUUUAUCGAUAAUCAGGUUUACUAUAGAUUUGUAAAGGAAAAUGUAUUUCAAACAUUAAAAACGUAUUUUUAUCAAUACUUAACGAAAUUUUAUAACCUCGUGAAGUAAUCUUCAUUUUUUGCCCUUUAUUUCAAUGUUUUUUUAUCGAUGUGGCAGACUUGAAAACUUAUUGCUUCCAUUUUUGUUUAAAGUUGAUGACUAUCGUUUCUAUGUAUUUCUAUAUAGAAAUGUGUAAAAAUUCGCUUAUGUCAGGUUUUAAAAGGCUAUAUAAGUACUUUCUAUCAAAAUGACAUUAUUUUAUAACCUCGUGAAGUAUUCUCCAUUGUCUGAACGUUGUCUGGGUAUUUUUUCUUUUAAAAUUAAAUAAUGACAAAUUGCUUCCAUUUUAAUUUGAAAAUGAAGUAAUCGCAAUUUUGAGCAGGCUUUUGACUGUACACAGCAAGGUAUACAUGUUAUUCUGUUAUUAAUGACUUGUAUCCGUUCGAGCGUUUUAUUUAUUAAUUCGUUUUAUUUAUUUAUUUAUUUAUUUAUUUAUCCGGCACUAGUGUCAAUUAUAUAUUUUGUUUGAUAUUAUGAUUAAAGGUAAAACUUUUUUAAUAGGCAAACUUUAAGUCACAUCUUUGGUCUUAAAAAGUACACGUAGCAAAGUAAAAUAAUUGUAGUUAUGCUCGCUCAUAAGGUUUUAAACCGGUCGCGAAAUGUUUUAAUUAGAUUCACAUAUAUAUAUGGGCCUAAAAGUUACAUACAAUCAUGGCUUCCUUAUAGUUCACGCACGCAAGGUAUAAAUUACAAAUUAAUGAAUAAUGGUGAUUUUAAUUGUGAUGAUAAUGUGAUGAAUUUACUCGUGCGUGCAUUUCAGUGUUAUUAACUAAAAGAUGAAAAAUGUCAGUACAAAGACAUUUUUAGUUUACACUGUAUUUGUAUGUUAUUAUUAUUACUGCAUGUAUAUUAUUACUCUACAUUCAAUAAAGGAAAAUUUAUUAACUCUCAUUCGUUUUAUCCAUUGUUUACAUUAGAUUAUGUUUGUUCUCAGGAAGAAAAUAAUCUGUCGUAACAU